UUGGGAGAGAGCAGACUGGUAGGUGGCUGAGCACGCUACACACGUGCGCACCAAGAACUCUCGCCGAUCCUCGUCCCCGUCGACAAAACAAGCAGAAAAGGCUCGCCUGCUGAUAUAGAUCUCAGCUCACGACCUCGACGGCAUCGAUCGAUCACGGCCACACACCAUGUCCGGCGGCACGGCACCGCGCGUUGUGGAGGACUUCCUCGGCGUCGUGCAGCUCCUCAGCGACGGCUCCGUCGUUCGCGGUGACGAAGCCGUCCUCCGCACAAACGAGCCGUUGCCGGACGUCACCGGUGUGCAGUGGAAGGACGUCCUGUACCACCCCGCGCACGGCCUUAGUGUCCGCGCAUACAGGCCGGCGUCGUCCGUGGCCGGCGGCAGCAAGCUCCCUGUGCUGGUGUACUUCCACGGCGGGGGCUACUGCCUCGGCUCCAUCGCGCAGCCCAACUUCCACUCGCUCUGCCUCCGCGCCGCAGCCGAGAUACCCGCCGUCGUGCUGUCCGUGCAGUACCGCCUCGCCCCCGAGCACCGCCUCCCCGCGGCCAUCGACGACGGCGCGUCUUUCCUUUCCUGGCUGCGCGGCCAGGCCGGGCUUGGCGCUGGCGCCGACCCGUGGCUCGUGGAGUCGGCCGAUUUCGCCCAGAUCUUCCUCUCCGGCCACUCGGCGGGUGCCAACCUGGCCCACCACGUCACGGUCCGGGUCGCGUCGGGGCAGAUCGCGGUCACCCCGGUGCGCGUCGUCGGGUACAUCCUCCUCUCCGCGUUCUUCGCUGGGGCCGAGCGCACGGCGACGGAGGCCGACCCUCCGGAGGGCGUGUCCUUGACGACCGCGAUGGCCGACCAGCUCUGGCGCAUGUCGCUGCCGGUGGGGGCGAGCAUGGACCACCCGCUGGCCAACCCGUUCGGCCCGGAGAGCCCCAGCCUCGCGCCGGUGGAGCUCCCGCCGGCGCUCGUCGUCGCGCCGUUGAGCGACGUGCUCCGCGACCGCGUGCUAGGGUACGGGGCGAGGCUGAAGGACAUGGGGAAGGCCGUCGAGGUUGUCCAGUUCGAGGGGGAGCAGCAUGGUUUCCCAAUCCGCCAGCCGUUCAGCGAGACGGCCAGUGAGUUGCUGCGGGUGAUCAGGCGGUUCGUCUACAGCGGCAACUGAGCGAUGAUGUGUUGCGAGCGAUUUGCCUGAUGCUUUGCGUGUUGCAUGGCAUGGAAAUCCAGUUACUGAACCUACUGAUGCAUUUUGAUGCUAGUUCUCGAAAUAAAAACGAGCAGAACCGCACUGGGACUUUA